AUGAUCAGUGACGGUGGGGGAGUUCGGAAACCCACUGGAGCGGGUACGACCCGCAAGAUUCGAGAACAUCUAAACUUCACUGAUGAGCGACGCUGGAAGCAGUUCUCGGGACGGAGAUUAGAGUUGAUCGAGAAAUUCAGGCUCAGCGAACGCAAAGCCAGCGAGCAGGACAACAGUGUAUCGCAAAUUGCCACAAUUCUGCGAACGGAAUUUGGAUACCCAUUGAACUCUUCAGCUGAAUUCGAAAAACUGGUAACGGCCGCCGUGCAGUCCGUUCGGCGCAACCGGAAGCGCUCUAACAAGCAUAAGACUUCAGAAUUGAGUUCACACACUCAAUCCCUUCCGUCGGCGACAAGUCUAAGCCCACCUCCAGGGUUCCAUGAUACUCCGACUCCUCGUGCUGAAGAUCUGUUUUUCAACGCCCAGCACGGCGAGCCGCAAUCAAGGGGACCAUCACCUCAUGGAGAAACCAUAGAAGCUCAAGCAUCAUCUUUGUUUAUACAUUCACUCCGGCGCGAUGAUCUAGGACCUAAGAGCAGUUUCGUCCAAGCUCCAGCAUUGUCCGCGAUACAGCCACGUCUACAACCGGAAAUUCAACCGAAGCCAGCUUCUUUACCACCCAUCGUCUCAACUCAAAGCCAUCAUUACGACGAACUUAUAAAGACUAUUAUAGCCGAUGUGGUCCACGACCGAGUAUCGCUGCAUGAGCAAUCGCAACAGGAUAAUUUCACGCCCAAUCUCACAGACUUUGCCCUGUCAAGUAACGACGGCGAACUUCUCAACCUGGCGUUCCAAUCUCACGCCCUGCCUGGGUCGAAUUACACAAGCACUUCGCACAAAUCAGAGUCCACUGAUAGUAAGGGCAAAAUUCCCUUUUUCUUGAGGGAGAAGAUACUAUUGCACAUCCAAAGAUCAAGGUCGUGUUUGGAGCUGAGCUCUUCACAAGGGUCAUUAGAACUCUACUCAACUCUGGAAAUUUUGGGUCAAACGUCCAUGAAGGCUUCGGUCGCCUUUGUCAUGGAACGAUUCUUUACGAACUUAUCAGGUGCCUCAAUGGAAUAUAUCACCUCGAAGCUCACAUCUGCAGCGGGACUGGCAUAUGUGGCUGUUCAAAUUUUCGAGCCAGCUACCGAGCAUCACUUUGAGCAGAUACCCAAGGAUGCCCAACUGAAAUUGUUUAAUCUUACUAUGGGCGGUAUCAUCAAGGAUUUUGGGUUUGAUCCUUGUAUAUAUCCUCUCAGCGAGAUUAUGCAUGACGUUAUAUUAAAACAAUACCCACUAGCCAGUCAGCGCAACAAGGACUGCAAACGUUCUGCAAUCAUGUCUACGCUUUCCAUGACGCCAGCAUCGGCAAAUAAAGAUGUCUAUCGAAAGGUACUUCUAAAGUUCAAAGAUAGAGAGCAAAGGUUCACGUUCCAUUUGUUGAGCAAUGGACCACCGACAGUCUCAGAAGUGCUAGCAAACUCUCGUCAUCUGUUUCAGAUCGUUUCGCAGGCAAAAAACUUGCACUUGAUGCAUAAUAACGACCCCAUAAGAGACGAUUUGGAGCUUGCCAAAAUUUUUAAUAAGUUCACAUCUGAAGAGAUCGUGGUGGAGAUCCGCGAGGAGGUACCAGAGUCUUUCAAUGGACUUGAAAUGCUAAGCAGCAUCUCUGCAUCUGCCCUUACUUUCGUGGAACAGAAAUCGCCAACACACAACACAGAGCGCUCUGGUAAGUCCUCACAAUCUCCAAUGCACGAACAUAAGGAACACCUUAGCGAUGUCAAACCAAGUAACACUAGCAAGGGCAGCAUUGCACCUAGUGCUAAAAAAGAUGAAGAGAAUGAGGAGAAGUUUCCAGCUAGACCCGUAAAGAUCAAGUCACCGUUAGUCUUCCAGCCCUUGCUGUGA